GUGAUCCGGGCACUUAGGGCAGGAUGAACGCUGCUUUCCAAGAUGGCGACGGAGGGAGGAGGGAAGGAGAUGAACGAGAUUAAGACCCAAUUCACCACCCGGGAAGGUCUGUACAAGCUGCUGCCGCACUCGGAGUACAGCCGGCCCAACCGGGUGCCCUUCAACUCGCAGGGAUCCAACCCUGUCCGCGUCUCCUUCGUAAACCUCAACGACCAGUCUGGCAACGGCGACCGCCUCUGCUUCAAUGUGGGCCGGGAGCUCUACUUCUAUAUCUACAAGGGGGUCCGCAAGGCUGCUGACUUGAGUAAACCAAUAGAUAAAAGGAUAUACAAAGGAACACAGCCUACCUGUCAUGACUUCAACCACCUAACAGCCACAGCAGAAAGUGUCUCUCUCCUAGUGGGCUUUUCCGCAGGCCAAGUCCAGCUCAUAGACCCCAUCAAAAAAGAAACUAGCAAGCUGUUUAAUGAGGAAAAACUGCAGUUGGAAUCAUUAUGGGGUUUUGCUUGUGUUUGGGUAGAAGAGCGUGUGAUGGACUGGGAAUGGAUUGAACCCCGUGCCAAGCUGUUGGUAAACAAGACCCAAAGGCAGUUCUGACAGAGGAUGGCACAGAAUGCCACUUAGAGAACAAGAAAGCUGAAGUGGCUGUUCGGAAUGUGAGGACUGUGCAAGCUGUAAUGCCAGGUUGGCAUUUGGAGCUCGAGAUUGAAACCAAGUGCCCUUCACAAGUCUUUGGCGGUGUGAAUCCAUUUCUCCCAAGCACAAAGGCUGCACUUCUCAGAGUGCCAGAGAUGUUGUAAAAAGAUGUCCUUGUGCUACACUCAGCAUUGGUGUGAGAUUUAGAGGUUCCUGUUACUUGCACAUAGGAGGGUGGAUGGUUGAUUUUCACUUUAUGGAUGAAGAAAUCUGCAAAGAAAUGCUAAGUCCACAUCAGAAAGUUCAUAAAGUUAUCAUGAUAUUGCUGGAACCAGAAACUAAUUCCAGAACCUUCCUGGUUGUUGGCUUGUAAGCACCACCGGAUGUGGUUGCCAGUUUGACCUUCUCUUCUUAGCAACUCAGAAGGAUGGACAGGUAGAGUCCAGGCAUGGACUCAUCAAUGAAGUACUGAUGGGAUACAUGUUACUUGUGUUUUUGGUUGUUUUGAGACAGAAUCUCAUGUAAAUCAAACUGGCCUAGAGCUCGCUAUAUAGACAGGCUAAUGAACUCAUAAAGAUCCAUCUGCCCUCCUUUCCAAGUGCUGGGAUCAAGGGUGUGUACCAGUAUACCAAACAUGUGUAUUCUUUAAUAUGUCAAAUAAAAAAGUUUAUAGAUCCAUUUAUUUAUGUAUUUAUUUAUUUUAUAUAUAUGGGUGUUUUGGCUACAUACAUGUCUGCAUACCACAUUCAUAGUACCAAGGAGGCAAGAGGGUAUCAGACCCCUGGAACUGAAGUUACAAACCAUUAUUAGCCACCAUGUAAUUGCUGGGCGUUUAACCGAUCCUUUGCAAGCUCUUAGGCACUGAGGCAUAUAUCUGACUCCCUUCCACCCCCCACUGGUAUUUUAAAUUUUUCUUAAAAGUCAGAUUUAUCAGGAAACAUGGGGUGGCUCACUGAGAGACUGAGGUAGGAGGAUCACUAGUUUAAAGGCAGUCUGGACUUCACAGAGAUCCUGUAUCAAUAGAAAAAGAAGAAUUGGAGAAAUUUAGUGAAAGGGUCUGAGAAGAACUUGCAGAGUAUAGCACUGGUCUGGAUCUUGAGAGCACUUGUAAGGGUAGGAUGAAGGCAAGUAUGCUCUUCAGAAGAAAAGGAAUUAGGCAUGGUGUUGCAUGCCGGGAAUCCCAGCACUGGGGAAGCCAGCCUGGGCUGCAGAACAAGACCCUGUUUAAAAACAAACAAACAAACCAGAACAAAAAAGUUGGAAAGAAAACAAUUUGAUAUUUUCUGGAACAUCAAGUGAAAACAUAACCAAGUCACUGGGUGGAGCUGGUGGUAGUAGCAGAAGUCAUCACCAAAAAGAGGAGUUAAAACCAAAUUAUUCAUGUCAUGUGGAGAAACUUGGACUUAACAUGGAGACUGUAGGGGAACUUCAGGCUUUUAAUCAGGGAUCAAAUAUGUUUUUUAGCACUCUUGUCAAUUUUAGAAGAUAGAUUGGACUGAAGGAAGAGGACCACGGAGGUAGCACGACCAGUGAGAAGGCACUAGUGAGUGUUAGGUGAGGGCUGGGGGCUUGAACUAGACUUGGUAGUUUUUUACUUGUUCAGCAUACUAUGAGCACCUGUGGGGCUGUGUGUGCGUGCAGCAGAUAAACCUGUCCUAUGUCACCCUUUAGAGGAGAGGGGUAUAAACAGCACCCACAUAUACUAGCGGCCACAGAUGGCGACCCACUGUGGUGUGGGAGGAGAGUGCGGACUGCUUUAAACUGGCAGGUGAGAAGCUCUCUUAGAGGAAGUGGUGUGCUUCGAGCUGAACCUCCUAGGAGGAGGCCACCAAAGGAAGGACUAGCCAGGAGGCAAAGACAGAUCAUUCUCUGAGUUCAAGGUCUAGAGAUCUAGUUCCAGGGCAGCCAAGGCUACAGGGGGGCAGGGCUCAGUAAUGGAGGGAAAGAUAGAGGCUGCAUCUUGUAUUUGGUUCAUUUCAAAGAUCUGCACAUGCUUGCAGGUGUGCAUCUGAAGGGCAGGUUGCUUGUUAAGUAGGGAUACAUAUGGGCAGGGUGUCUCAGAAAGUGCAGGUACCGCUGCCAAGCUUGGAUGACUGACGACUUCCACACAUACACACACUGGAUGGAUGGAUGGAUGGAUGGAUGGAUGGGAUAGAAAUUUUAAGGAGGGAUAAAAAUUUGAGUUGCCAGUUUGUAAUCACAACUCUGAGAUCCCAGGCAAGGGCCUAUGGGGAGAGUGCUAAGAACAAAAGAAUGCCAAGACUGUGGCCCUCUCAUCCCAUUCUGCAAAACAUCAAAUGGCCAGUUAAUGGCCCAAAACCAACACAAUUCACUAGCACCAAGAACACAAACUUCGAACAGACUAGGGUUCAGAAGAGCACUCCAUUUGCUUGCUGUGUGUCUGUACCUUACCUCUCUUCAGCUGGCACAUGGCAAGAACAGUGCCUGCAUAGCUGCUUGUGGAGAGGGAACAGGGCUAAGUAGGGAAGAAAGCGCAUAAGUGCUGGUCCAGUGUUGAGCAGCCUUCAGAGCAGGGAGAUGUCAAGGCUUCUUACGAGUGGGUGGGAUUGGAAGGAAAGGCUUUCUUGGGAGGCUAGACAGUUUUGAAGGAUAAACCUUCCUUUUUUAUUUUUAAAUUUAUUUUUCUAAUUUUGCAGGGCAGAAAUUCAUUUUGCCUGUGAAAGCCAUGUGGUCUCUUUGUAUCUUCCUCACUAGUUCCCUGUGCUCACCCUCCUGCUCCAUCCAUUCAUGUACACACACUUGCA